AUGAAACCUGGUUCUUGGGUAUUGGGUGGUGGGUGGAACAACGAUCUUUGGGGAGGAGAGUUGCCAAUGGCCUCAUGGAUCGAUGAUUUUACUCCUCACAAUCCUGUUUGGAUAUCAAGGAUGGCUGGUCACAUGGGCUUGGCCAAUUCAUUGGCACUGAAAAUUGCACAGAUUACUAACAGUACAGAAGAUCCAAUUGGUGGAGCUAUUACGAGAAACAGUAGUGGAGAACCUACUGGGUUGCUGAUUGACUCUGCAAUGAAGCUCGUCCUCUCCUGCAUUCCUGAAGCCUCAGUAGAUGAAAAGAGGGAAGCUUUGAUGAGAGCAAGCAAUCUUGCCUUGAUGAGGGGUGUGACAACAGUUGUAGACAUGGGGAGAUAUUAUCCUGGUUUAUCAGUGGAGCUUUCAUGGGAGGACUUUUCAGAUGUGUACAGAUGGGCUGUCUCAUCCGGAGAAAUGAGGAUCCGGGUUUGCUUAUUUUUUCCGAUGGAGACAUGGUCACGACUACUUGAUCUUAUACACAAGGUGGGUCAUAAGCUGAGCCAAUGGAUUUACUUAGGUGGUGUUAAGGCCUUUUCUGAUGGAUCCUUGGGAUCAAAGAGUGCACUCUUUUAUGAGCCAUAUGUUGAUGAGCCUCACAAUUACGGCAUACAAGUGACAGACACUCAAAGUCUAUACAACAUGACUGCCGCAUCGCAUAAAUCUGGCCUCCAGGUCGCCAUUCAUGCAAUAGGUGACAGGGCAAAUGACUUGAUUUUGGAUAUAUACAACUCAGUGGUUUCUACAAAUGGAAUAAGGGACCGGAGAUUUAGGAUUGAGCAUGCACAGCAUUUAGCACCUGGGACCACAGGCCGGUUUGGUGAAUUGGGGAUUGCUGCUUCCAUGCAGCCAGAUCACUUACUAGAUGAUGCUGAUUCUGCGAUAAAGAAACUUGGGUCGGAGAGGGCUUGGAGAGAAUCUUACUUAUUUCGGUCACUCCUGGCAAGCAAUACUCUUUUGGCCUUUGGUUCUGAUUGGCCUGUGGUAGACAUUAAUCCUUUAGGUAGCAUCAAGACUGCAAUGAAAAGAAUACCUCCUGGAUGGGAAAAUGCUUGGAUUUCCUCAGAAUGCAUUAAACUGAAUGAUGCAAUAAACGCGUACACUAUCUCAGCUGCUCGUGCAUGCUUUCUGGAUGAGGAUUUGGGAUCGUUAUCGCCUGGAAAAUUUGCAGAUUUUGUUGUGCUGUCCACUGAUUCUUGGGAUGGCUUUGCGGAUUCAGGGUCAGCUUCUGUUGAGGCAACAUAUGUUGGUGGUGUACAGGCCUAUCCCUAA